AGAGCGCAGCAACAGGGGUGCGGAGGGCAAAAAUAUUUGAUCAUUUGACCAAAAUGCAGUGACCAGAGGCUGGCAGAACUCAACCCCAUACAUCCCCUAGCAGCAGUGGUCCAGUGUCUGCUAAUUCAGUGUUCCUGGUGACAUUAUAGAACAUAACUUCCACGAACACGGAGACAGGACUGGAUUAGCAUUCACAGGGCAGCAUGGUGGCUAAGAGCAUAGGCUCUGGAGGCCAGCUGUGUGGUUCUAAGUCUGCCAUUUACAUUGUGGUGUGAAUUUGGAUAACUCAUUAGCCUCUUUGCAUCUCAGUGUCCUUUUUGACAAUGAGGUACUAAUAUUAGUACCUAUCUCAUCAUUGGGGUGUCGUUAGAGUUAAAUAACAUGCAGCCAAUGAAGCACUCAGCACAGUGUCUGGUAGAUGUCCUCAACGUGUAAGUUAUCACUAUUAUUAAUAUUAAUUUAUAUUUGGAACAAGAAUGAUCAUGUUUAGGUAAUUAUAAACAUAGACACAUUCAGUUUUAGAAUUUCAGAAGCUGUAGAAAAAAACAUGUCACCUGAAAUGAAUAUGCAUGCUACUGUGAUUUAUAAUAGGAAAUAUAUAUAUCUUGAUCUGUGCCCCCGGCUCCUAAAGCCCUUGUAAAUUCCUAGGUGAUAAGAGCAUUAGGAGCAUCUUUUGUUCUAGUAUUUGGUCACUGACCCCGGUUUCUGACACAAGGGAAACGCUUGUAAUUUCCUGGUGAUAGGAGUGUCUUUUGAUCCAAUGAGGUGACUGGGUGGGCUCUUGGAUGGCUCCUGGAUAAGGGCUCUGGAGAGACCAAGCCAUGAUUAGAAGUUUAGAAUUUUCAGUUCCACCCCCCCGUGCUCUUGAGAAGGGAGAAGGACUGGAAAUGAAGUUAAUAAUUAAGCUUGCCUGUGUGAUGAAGCCUCCAAAAAAUCGCAAUAAUAUGGGGUUGAGAGAACUUCCAGGUUGGUGAACACAUCCAUGUACCGAAAGGGUGACACACCCCAACCCUACUGGAGACAGAAGUUCCUGCACUCAGGACCCUCCCAGACUUCGCCUUAUGUAGCUCUUCAUCUGGCUGUUCAUCUGUGUCCUUUAUCAUAUCCUUUAAUAAACUGGUAAACCUAAAUAAAUGUUUCCCUGAGUCUGUGAGCCACUCUAGCAAAUAAUCCAAUCCAAGGGGAAGAAAGUCAUGGGAACCUCUGAUUUGUAGCCAAGACAGAGAGAAGUUGUGGGUAACCUGGGGAUCUACAACUUGCGAUUGGCAUCUGAAGUGGGGAGCAGUCUUGUGGAACUCAGCCCUUAACCUGUGGGAUGUGAUGCUAUCUCCAGGUAGACAGUGUCAGAAUUGAGUUAAAUUGUAGGACACACAGCUGAUGUUGCAGAAUUGUUUGAUGUGGGGGGGAAAAAACACACACAUUUGGUGACCACAAGUGUCAGAAGUGAAGUGUCCUGUGUGAAAGUAAAGGAGACACAUGAGAGAUGGAGACCUGUGGUUUUCCCUGCACAGAAGGAAAAACUGGGUGGUUUUCAACCCAACAUCAUUUUGUAUCACCACUUUCUUCGCCCACAUUCUAGUGGAAAUGAAAUGGGGAAGAAAAGGCAAAGGAUAAAUGAAAUGGAGAAGACAUUUUCUAAAUAAUGCACAAAUAGGAUAGCUACCCUAAAAAAUACGUCAAAAUUUACUCAAAAAUUUAUCUACACUUAAAACAUUUAUGAGAGCCAUCUACCCCUCAAUAAUCCUGAAUUCUGUCACCCCUGCAAAAUUUUCUUAUGCCUUCUCGUUAGAUCAGAUAAACACAAACUGAAACCUAGUCCCUGGUCCAUUUUGGGUUUCAUGGAACUAAAGUCACAAAGGGUGUUCAUGAAAACACUCAGUUUACUUCCCCUUCAAUCUCCCUUCCUUGGCUGACUGCCCUGGAUACAUAUUGUAAUAGAAAAUCAAUAAUCAAUAAAUCAAUAGAAGAAACAAAGUUUGCUAAAUUUUCUUUAAACCACUCAGAUUUGAAUGAUUCAUCAUGCCAAAUUUGGCUGGAUUCUUUCAAGAUCCAGGCAUCAGUGCAUCAGAUAUUUGUUAUGAUUGGAUUAACAGUUUUUUGUUUGUUUUAUUUUAUUUACCUUUUGACUGAAUUACUUUAAUUUCUGGGUGACUUUGUUCUUCAGUUUUUGCUCUUACUUUGUUUUAUUAUAACUAUGUGCAUAAUUAGGCAGCUAUACUAUAGGGAAUGGAGAGUGUGUCAAAUCUACAUCCUUGAGGGCUAUGGGUUAGAAUUUGAUUCGACAGAAAGGAUGUAACUUAACAAUGUGAAGGGAACAUUCUGUAAAUUAUUUGCUAAGAGUCCAAGAUGGGAGAAUAGUUUUGAUACGAUAGGCAACUGGAAGCCACAUUAGUUUUUUGACAUAAUAACUGCUAACAUUUAUUGAAUGCUUAUGUGCCAGCAGUGUCUUAAGCGCUUUGCAUGUAUUAAUUUAUUUACUCCUAGCAGUCCUAUAGAGUAGGUACAGUGAAUAUUCCCCAACUGUCAUUGCCCAGCCAGGAAAACAAAACCAUUGUAGGUAUUUCAAACAAGGUAUUUAAUACAAGGACUUGGUUGCAAAAGUGUUGGAAGGACUAGAGGAAUAAAGGGGGAGAAGAUAAUAUAACUUCAGGAAGGUACUUCCCUAAAAUUGGAAGAGAAAUUCUCACAGAGCUGCAGCUGCUGCUGAAACCAGUAAUCCUGCCAGAGCCCACAGCUGCCAGCAGCUGCCAAGGUCACACCUGCCACCUCUGUUACGGAAACCCACCAGAGCUGUCUGCUGCUGAAGGAGCCAGAAAAUAAAUGAUCCCCCUUUCAAUCUCUCUCUUUUUUAUUUUAAUAUUUUUAAUGUUUAUGCUAUUUUAUGGUUUUGUUCUUUUAUUUUUAAAACAUAUUUGCAAACUCUGCACAAACUAAAUGUCCAUCAACGGAGGAAUGGAUAAAGAAGAUGUGGUACAUAUAUACAAUGGAAUAUUACUCAGCCAUAAAAAAGAAUGACAUAAGGCCAUUUGCAGCGACAUGGAUGGACCUCGAGAUUGUCAUACUGAGUGAAAAACGAAGAGAGAGCGGAAAGAGGAGGUGCUCAGCAAAUUUCCUAAACAUUCUUGACUGUGGUCAAGACGGGACUCGUGGAGACCUCCAGAUCCAUGCUGAAGUCUUCAGCUACUAUCUCGGGUUUUUGUUUAGCAAUGGAGUCUUCCUCUGCUGAGACCAAUUCAACUGACCUACCAUCACAGCCCUGGGAUGAACCCCAAGUAGUUCUCUCCAUGGUCAUUCUCUGUUUCACUUUCCUACUGGGAUUGCCAGGCAACGGGCUGGUGCUGUGGGUGGCUGGCCUAAAGAUGCAACGAAGUGUGAGCACAGUUUGGUUUCUGCAUCUCACCUUGGCUGACUUUCUCUGCUGCCUCUCCCUGCCCUUCUCCCUGGUUCACUUGGCUCUCCAAGGACACUGGCCCUACGGCUGGUUCCUAUGCAAGCUCAUCCCCUCCAUCAUUGUCCUCAACAUGUUUGCCAGCGUCUUCCUGCUGACCGCCAUUAGCCUGGACCGCUGUCUUUUGGUACUCAAGCCAAUCUGGUGCCAGAAUCAUCGCAACGUGGGGACAGCCUUCACUAUCUGUGGAUGUAUCUGGGUGGUGGCUUUUGUAAUGUGCAUACCUGUGUUCAUAUACCGGGAAACGUUCACUAUAGACAACCAUAGUAUGUGUGGCUACAAUUUUGGUCUCUACAGAUCAUUAGAUUAUUCAGACUUCAACUUUGAUCUACUGGAAAACGGGUCUCUUGACAACUCCAUUGUUGAGCUGCCUGAAGAAAUGGAUGAUAGGUUCGAUUCUUUCUCUCAGCAAACAAAUGAUUGUCCCUGGGCAGCCACCGCUGGCCUCUGUUCUCAAAUAUUUCAAAGAACUUCUGGACAUUCACUCCCUACGGAUUCAGCUAGAUUGUCUGUUCAACAUCCAUAUUAUAAGGUAUUUAAACCAGCUGAUGAGGUCUCAGCUACAAUCCCCAGUGAUUUUCCCAUUGAAGAUCACAGAACUAACCCACUGGAGAACUCUGAUGCUUUUCUUCCUGCUGAUUUAGAGCUUUUCUCUAGUGCCUCCGGCAACUCCUCAUACACGUGGGAGCUAUUGGAAGAUUUCCAGGAUGAUGAUUCAGGCCAAUUUGCAUAUGGCCAUCAAGUGCCAACACCCCAGGUAGCAAUAACCAUCACUAGGCUCGUGCUGGGUUUCCUGUUGCCCUUUAUCCUCAUGGUGGCCUGUUACAGCCUCAUUAUCUUCCGAAUGCGUCGGAGACGCUUCACCAAGUCUCGGAGCAAAACCUUGAGAGUGGCUAUGGUGGUGGUGGCUGUCUUCCUUGUCUGCUGGGCUCCAUACCACAUUGUUGGAGCCCUCUUACUGUUUAUUGACCCAGAAACUCCCUUUGGGGAAGCUCUGUUGUCCUGGGACCAUGUGUCUCUUGCUUUAGCAUCUGCCAAUAGUUGCUUCAAUCCCUUCCUCUAUGCCCUUCUGGGGAAAGAUUUUAGGAAAAAAGCAAGACAGUCCAUGCAGGGAAUUCUGGAGGCAGCUUUCAGUGAGGACUUGACACACUCUACCAGCUGCCCCCCAAACAAAGUCUCUUUGGAAAAAAACAGUAUCAGUACAGUUGUGUGAAAAUAUGGAGCAGUUGACCCAAGCAGAGGUCCUUAGGCAUUCACCCAGUGCAUCAUAUUUCUAAAAAGACAACAGAGAUGGGGAGCAGGGGAUUUCAGAAACUGUCAAAGAAUCAAUCCAGAGGGUCUUAAAGUGUGGUCCCAGACUAGUGGCAUCGGUAUCACCUGGUUGAUAGAAAUACAAAUUCUCCAGCCCCACCAGAGAUUUGCUGAAUCAGUCUCUGGGGGUGGGGCUCAGACAGUGUUUUCACAAGCUCCCUUGUUUCAGAUGAAUGCUAAAUUUGGGAAGCAUUGUAAAAAUUAGUCUAUUUCUAUCACAAACAAAGCCACGUGAAAUAAAUGCGAAGGCAGUCUCCUUUAAAAUGUUUCCAUCAUUAAAUUUCUUUCUAAUUUCCUUCCAGAUUCAAGUUAAAACCAUUUCUUCUAGUCCUACCUGAGUGAAAGGUGAUCAUUUAUUCUGUGGCUUUGUUGUGGUGACGGUGGUGGUGAUAGUUUUAAAUGAAAAAAAAAAAAGGUGCAAAAAGAAAGUCUAUAAAAACAAGGAGUUAUGAGUCUGAGUCUGGAGCAGAGUACAAUGCCAGAUGCCUGCAACUUGGAAUACUCCUGGAUACAGGACGUAGGAAUUCUGAGUUUCCAUUAUUACAACUAAGUAAGCAUCUAUUGUGUAAAGACAGACUACUUAGGGAUCUAAAGACUUUCUCAUGAAACAGUAUGUAAGCCGCAGUUUGGGGAGGUCUCUCUUCCCUCUGUUUGCUCUAUCUGCCUAUUGAUAGAAUCAUCUAUCUUUCAUUCCUUUCCUUAAGCUCCUUAAUUCCCUUAUUCCUCCCCUGCCUCUAAAUCUUCUUCCAGACUUUAUGCCUCUAAUAACCAAUAGUUUCAUAAGAUGCAAAUUACUCCCCUCCUCUAGCUCCACAUUAGUACUUUCCAAGAAACUCAUUUCAAAUGAAAGGAGAAAGACGGUGGAGGAUAGGGCAACUAUUCUUGAAUUCACUGCAAUAUAACAGAGUACCCUCUGGGCACGUUAUCCAACUUUAAAAGAAAUCAUGACUGUAGGUGUGUAUCUUUCAUGCCAAAAUUACCAGAUAUAUCUUCGGGUUUUUUAAAAUUAAUCUUUAUCUUUACCAAAGUAAUACAUGCACAUAACUUAAAGAGAACCUAAGGCUUAUAAUGAAAUCUGACAGGUUUCCUGCCCCACUCUGCCCAGCCCCUCCUUCCGUCCACUCCCACUUCCCAGGGAUAACCUUUGAAACGAUUUUAGAUGUUUCCUCUGAUAUUCACCAUGAUAUUUCUAAGUCAUGACCUUAUGCUGCUAGUUUCUGUAGACAUGAUAAAAUGACUUCUUGUUUUGAAAGAUGACGAAUUUUAUCCAAACACAUUCAUAUUUUUUGUUUAUUCAGCAUCCCAAUAUUCAUUACCCAUCAUCCUUUAAUUUGUUCAUGAUCACACAUUUUCUUCUACUUUUUGACCCAUUCCAACCCCCCUUCUCUUUUUCUUUCACUUGUUUCAGAAAACAUUAUUAAACCCCCAUCACCUUCUCAUUUUUCUCUGUAUAUAAAGUUUUAUGUGUUAAACCUCUAAAUUUUCAGGUUUUGUUUGUACUACAACAUAGCCUCAUCUGCGUACAGUGAUUUAAUCUGAAAAAUAGAAAAUGAGAUGUCUUAGACUUUACAAGGCACUAUCCUUUGUUCAGUGGUUGAGGGGAGGGUCUGGACUACAAAUAAGUUAUAAAGUACUAUGUGGAAAAAUUUCAAAUCACUAUGAAUGCUUUCAGUUGUGCAGUAAUGAUAUCUGACAUGAUGUGAGAUUUGCCAUGCUACCUUCCAAUUUAAUCUGAUCAUAUAUUUGAUGUGAAUAAAUGCUUUCUUUCUGAA